CCCCCCGCCGCCGCCGCCGCCAUGCCGAUGAAGGGGCGCUUCCCGGUGCGCCGGACCCUGCAGUACCUCAGCCAGGGCGACGUCGUGUUUAAGCGCUCGGUGAAGGUGAUGACCGUGAACUACAACACUGCAGGAGAGUUGAGCGAAGGCGCGAGAAAGUUCGUGUUUUUCAACAUCCCCCAGAUCCAGUACAAGAACCCGUGGGUGCAGAUCAUGCUGUUCAGGAACAUGACUCCCUCGCCCUUCCUCCGGUUCUACCUGGACAAUGGAGAACAAGUUUUGGUUGACGUGGAAAAUAAAACCAACAAAGAGAUAACAGAGCACGUUAAAAAAAUCCUGGGGAAAAGCAAAGAAGUGCUUGAAAAAGAAGAAAGAGAAAGGAAAAAACUAUCACAUCCAGCAACCUUCGGGCCCAAGAAGUAUCAUCUGCGAGAAUGUAUGUGUGAGGUUGAAGGCCAAGUUCCCUGCCCUGCUGUUGUACCAUUGCCCAAAGAGAUGAGGGGAAAAUACAAAGCUGCUAUGAAAAAUGAGGCAUGAGCCUGACAUUUCAAGACCUCAAGUCAUGCAGCUGUUUUUCCUCAGGACUGGAUAACAGAGGUGCUUCAGUGAGACACAAAAGCCAGCAGUUCCUGAUAACAGGAACAAGCAAGUUCAUUAAAUACAGACAACUAUGCCUCAUAAGCCUUCUUACAGCUACAACUAGAAUAAUUAAGUGAAAAAUAAAUAAAAGUUAAAAUUGCCACCAAAAAAAAAAAAAGGCUGUGGUUCUAUGAAGUAUUUCAAGUCAGCACUGGAAAACAAAAUUACUAGAGUCUUCUUACUCAUGCCUGCAGGUAACCAAUUAUGGCAAAACCAAGAUCAUGUUUUCUUUGGGAUAGAGAGGCUGAACUAAAAAGUUAAAUCUUAGAAGCAGCGCAGAAUUCCAUAAUUUGUAGAAAGUGGUGCAAGAAUCCAUAUUGUACUACCCAAAGGCAGCCAAAUAAUAGUUCCAAUUCCAGCCUCAACUGAAUUUACUAAUUUAAGUAGUUACGAAUCAGAAACAGUUCAGAGUCUCAUCUCCCUCAAGAUACAAAUUUUGCAGUUGAUACUGCAGCUCUGAGAAGCACUGGUCAAGUCAGGAAUAGCAGCAGGAAAGGAGAAUGGGCAAAUUGGUGUAUGAAAGGUUUUACAUCAAAAAAUCCCAUCUAAGUCAUCACAGCUUCUGCCUCACCAAACAAUUACACCAUACCUGUAAUAUGUAUAAACAUGAUAGACUGCUGUACAGACCUUUAUGCUGGGCUUACAUGUACAAGUCACUGUAGAACUGUAUUGCAACAUUUCUGAACAAAUGGUUGAAUAUAAAAUUUCACACUGAUUCAAGCAUCUGUACAAAUUGUCAAGAAAAAACACAACAGAAAAUAAACAUGUUUUAUUUUAUCUCUUUUUACCAAGUUUUCAUACAGAGUAGUGCAUGCAGUUGUAACAAAAGUCGAUGCUAAUUAGUUAUUGAGCUUUAUGCUUAGGACAUCUUCAUUCUCUUGUGCCUUGUAAACCUCACAGCAGUCCCUAUACAAGCAAAGGUCUUCACGUUGGAGAUGAUUUUACUAUUUUCUGUCUAGUCUAUCACAUCUAACACUGAAAAAAUCAUGAGGUAUGCCAUUCUGUUACCUGCUUGUAAAAAUAAUGUAUUACAUAUACAACUAACAAUACUUUAGUUAUUAGUGUAUUAGCCAGAAAAUUUAAACAAGGCAGGAUAGUUACCACAGUGAAACACUUUUUAAUGUGAAAGCUGAAGCCACUGAAACAUGUUUUCAUGUUGAUACCUAGAAAAGCAUUAGGUUAGAGUGCAGGAAGCAAUCCUCCUGACUAGCAACCAAGUCUGUCCUAAAUAACUGCCUUAUACUACCUCCCUUAAAUAAUUCCAGGGAUUCUGUUUAUCUGUGAACGGUUUUUGCUGCCUUCAUGAAUCCGGUGCCAAGCACCCAUGUUUUAUCAAGACCAAUCAGAAUCCUCUGUUCUUUCUUCUUGGUGCAAAAUAACACUUGGGGACUCAAUCAGCUCUAAUAAAACACCAGCGUGAGAACUUCAUGGUCUUAAGCCAACCUCUUCUGCACACCUUUCAAAUCCAGAUUCAGGCUACGCCAGACAGACCAUCAGUAUCUGUGACUGGCUGGUCUGAGUUACUUCAACCCCUUACUAGUGGUAUUAAGUGAGGAUAUAGGUGGUUUGGUCUUUUUAAACAACAGUUCCACAAGUCCCUACCUCCACUUACUCACAGCUAGGAACCAGAGUUCCUGCUCUUUAAGUGACAAAGUUAUUUGUCUCUAAAAUCUUAAGUGGUGCUGUGAUUACAGCUAUGCCAAUAUCAGAGACAUAAUUAAAUGAUACAUCCCAUUCCACAGAACUUCACAUUUCUAAGCCCAUUAUUGUUAGUGCUAUACAGUGUGAUCUGCCUGAUUUUCCUCUAUUUCAGCUUUAAAUAAAAAACCCUUUAAUAUGAACUCACCACCACCACUCCUGCAAACAGUGACUCCUGCUGGUGGGCCUGUGCCUCAAUAAUCAAAGCAGUUUAGAUUCCAUCUUUCUCAAAAACCCGGCUGUAGGCCCUCCUGCAUCACAGGUACUGGCUGUCCCUGGUCAUCCCCCAAGCCACAGGAUCACAAGAGGUCAUCAAUCUGAAGUUCUUUAUUUAAAACAGGUAUGCCUGAUUCUUAUAAAAACUUAGGGGAAUCUAACAUGAGAGAGAAUUGCCAUUUGGCACUAUUGCAGCCACAGACUGUCUCCCAGCUUUCGCAAAAUUCCAAUGGCAUCUCAGCUUUCCAUUAUAAACAAAAUUUUUUGUUGCUUGAGUGCUAUAAAAAAGUGUUCCAGUCUCACAAAUACAAUAAACAUGAUCAUUGUCACCCAGCGGAUUUAAAGGAAUGUGUAGAUUCCAUAACGUAUUUAGCAGUUGGAGGUUCACCCUUUAUAUUACAGUUAGAAGUGCUGCUGGCCUGAUGCUCCUUUCCCUAGAAAUGAGCAAAUGCUUGUUCCCUCAUGAGCAGGUCUGAAGCCAGCAUGAUGCUAUGACACCAUCAUUUGCGCUCAGAGCAAAUGGGAAACCAGAAACGAUGAAAAGAAGCAUCCAAAUUUUACUUUGGAAUCUUUAUGCAGACAGUAAGAAGCUACUCAUACUAAGAUCAGUUACAAAGUUCUUCUCAGUCUUAAGAUCCCUUUUUAAAAUGUAUUUAUUAGCAUUGCACAAACUUGAUCUGCAAUCCUUUACAUUCAGCACCCUGGAGAAUCACACCAGCUCUUUAACAGCCAGAGCACCAUCAGCAGUUCAACUACCCUGGGUCAGGAGAGGAUGAAGAAGUUUUAGAAAAGUUUUCAUCUCUCUUUAGUCAAAGCCACACUUGAAAGGCCAACACUACAACAGAAAGCGAGAAA